CUUCCAAAAUGGCUGAUUAUUGCCAAUAUGAAAUAAUGUGAAAUCUAUUAUUUAUUUUCCAGAAUUCCAGUAAGAAUGGUAUUUAUUAAGUUAUUUCAUUUCUGGAUUCCAGGUUUCUUCGAGAAUUUGACCAGUGAAAUAAAGCCAAACGUAACAGAAACAGCGACUGUAAAAUCCCUUCUAACAGGUGACAAUGAGUGAAACCAUCCACAUGUCCCCACCAUACCAAAACCAGAUAAAUUGGGGGGAUUAAGAAAGGUUAGAGAGUUAUAGAGAACCCAACUUAUAUUCUAUUGUCAGCCGUUGACGACACACAUGUAGUCAGGUAAAAGCACUGUUUUGCAUCUAUGAAUGUUUUAACUACAGAAAAAGUACAUUUAAUUUCCUGCACUGUGAUCCCCUUUUAUUGGGCCAAUCUACAUCUACAAGAACCCCUAUGUCUACAUCAUAAAUCACCAUCCAGAAUGUACCAGGGGGUGUUACAAAUCCAGAGGUAUUGGACAAUUUAUCACAGUUAAGAAAGAUUUGUGACAGUUAAGGGAGUUUUGUGACAGUUAAGGGAGUUUUGUCCACACCACUCUGCACGGAUCCUAAAGGGAGCUUAAUGGGACAAAACCCGGUGAAAAUGACCAAUUGGCGAUUCUCAUUUUUACUGUGUGGCCCACAUGAAUCUGCAGCAAUCGCCCGGAUGGAUUCAGUGUCUGGUUUACAAUCAGAGCUUUUACAUCUGAAUGCUAUACAAAGUACAGGAUUUGAAAGAUUCACAGAGCACCGAUUUUAAUAAAAUAGUAUCCAGCAGGAUGCACCACGCAAUUUAUCAUUUACCUGCAUUUUGCCAGUGAGGGCAGGGCUAGCAGCCAGCAGGAAAAUAGUUAAAAACCCUCGGCAAUGAAAAGGUUAAUUAUGUGGUGGCUGGCCAGUGCUCGUUAGCUAGCCGCCACAUUAAAAAAAAAAUUUAAAAAAAUUAAUAGCCUCUGUGGGUCAAUAAGACCCCCAUAUCACUAUGGGGGGGUUUAAACCUCCCUAUUGCCCCACAAUGUGUCAGUUGGGACAUGUCUGCUAAAUGUUUAAAACUAGUGACUGGGCAGCCAGAGAUUAUACCUCCUGUAACGGAGCUCCCUGUACCCCGGCUGGGUACCUCCCAUGUAAAGUCUAGUUUCUUCUAAUUUUUAUUUUAUUCCCCCACUCUGACCACUCAUAGCAAAGAUUUCAAAGGUCUAAUUUAUUGUGAACAUUACAUUUUAUUACAGACUUUUCCAGCGUUGCAGCGAAUGAUGUAAAAUCCCUGUGUGUUACUGGGCACAUUUCUCUUCUGAAAGGUAAGUGUGGAGUAUUAAUAUAUUAUAUGCUAUAUCAGGGAAUAAUAAUGUAUUCUAUGCUAUAUCAGGGAGUAUUAAUAUAUUCUAUGCUAUAAUCGGUAGUGAGUAUUAAUAUAGUUUAUGCUAUAUUAUUGGGAGAGAGUAUUCAUAUAUUCUAUGCUAUAAUAGAGAGUGAGUAUUAAUAUUGUUUAUGCUAUAAUGGGGAGUAUUAAUAUAUUCUAUGCUAUUAUGGGGAGUGAGUAUUAAUAUAGUUAAUGCUAUAAUGGGGCGUAUUAAUAUAUUCUAUGCUAUAAUCGUAAGUGAGUAUUAAUAUAUUCUAUGCUGUAAUGGGGAGUAAAUAUUAAUAUAUUUAUGCUAUAAUGGGGAAUGAGUAUUAAUAUAUUCAAUGCUAUAAUCGGGAGUGAGUAUGAAUAUAGUUUAUGCUAUAUUAUUGGGAGAGAGUAUUCAUAUAUUCUAUGCUAUAAUAGAGAGUGAGUAUUAAUAUUGUUUAUGCUAUAAUGGGGAGUAUUAAUAUAUUCUAUGCUAUAAUUGGGAGUGAGUAUUAAUAUAGUUUAUGCUAUAAUGGGGAGUAUUAAUAUAUUCUAUGCUAUAAUCGGGAGUGAGUAUUAAUAUACUCUAUGCUAUAACGGGGAGUGAGUAUUAAUAUAUUUUAUGCUAUAAUCAGGAGUGAAUAUUAAUAUAUUCAAUGCUAUAAUGGGGAGUAUUUAUAUAUUUUAUGCUAUAGUCGGGAGUAUUAAUAUAUUCAAUGCCAUAAUAGGGAGUGAGUAUUAAUAUAUUCUAUGCCAUAAUAGGGAGUGAGUAUUAAUAUAUUCUAUGCUAUAAUAGGGAGUGAGUAUUAAUAUAUUCUAUGCUAUAAUGGGGAGUGAGUAUUAAUAUAUUUUAUGCUAUAGUCAGGAGUGAGUAUAUAUAUAUUCAAUGCUAUAAUGGGAGUGAGUAUUAAUAUAGUUUAUGCUAUAAUGGGAGUGAGUAUUAAUAUAUUUUAUGCUAUAAUAGGGAGUGAGUAUUAAUAUAGUUUAUGCUAUAGUCGGGAAUGAGUAUAAAUAUAUUCAAUGCUAUAAUGGGGAGUGAAUAUUAAUAUAGUUUAUGCUAUAAUGGGGAGUGAGUAUUAAUAUAGUUUAUGCUAUAGUCGGGAGUGAGUAUUAGUAUAGUUUAUGCUAUAGUCGGGAGUGAAUAUUAUUAUAUUUUAGGCUAUAAUCGGUAGUGAAUAUUGAUAUAUUCUUUACUAUAAUGUGGAGUAUUAAUAUAGUUUAUGCUAUAAUCGGGAGUGAGUAUUGAUAUAUUGUAUACUAUAAUGGGGAGUGAGUAUUAAUAUAGUUUAUUCUGUAGUCGGGAGUGAGUAUUAAUAUAUUUUAUGCUAUAAUGGGGAGUAUUAAUAUAUUCUAUGCUAUAAUGGGGAGUGAGUAUUAAUGUAGUUUAUGCUAUAAUGGGGAGUAUUAAUAUAUUCUAUGCUAUAAUGGGGAGUAAAUAUUAAUAUAUUUUAUGCUAUAAUGGGGAAUGAGUAUUAAUAUAUUCAAUGCUAUAAUCGGGAGUGAGUAUGAAUAUAGUUUAUGCUAUAUUAUCGGGAGAGAGUAUUCAUAUAUUCUAUGCUAUAAUAGAGAGUGAGUAUUAAUAUUGUUUAUGCUAUAAUGGGGAGUAUUAAUAUGUUCUAUGCUAUAAUCGGGAGUGAGUAUUAGUAUAUUCUAUGCUAUAAUCGGGAGUGAGUAUUAAUAUAGCUUAUCCUAUUAUGGGGAGUAUUAAUAUAUUCUAUGCUAUAAUUGGGAGUGAGUAUUAAUAUAGUUUAUGCUAUAAUCGGGAGUGAGUAUAAAUAUAUUCUAUGCUAUAAUGGGGAGUGAGUAUUAAUAUAGUUUAUGCUAUAAUGGGGAGUAUUAAUAUACUCUGUUAUUAAUAAUAAUAAUAAUAUAAUAAUAACGGGCAGUGAGUAUUAAUAUAUUUUAUGCUAUAAUCAGGAGUGAAUAUUAAUAUAUUCAAUGCUAUAAUGGGGAGUAUUUAUAUAUUUUAUGCUAAAGUCGGGAGUAUUAAUAUAUUCAAUGCCAUAAUAGGGAGUGAGUAUUAAUAUAUUCUAUGCUAUAAUGGGGAGUGAGUAUUGUAACGGACCGUUUUGCACACAAGGGGUAAAAAACGUUUAGGCGAUCGGCCCCCUUUCCAGAGAUCCAGGCACAGCUACUGCAGAACACCAAACUCCCGAACUGGAUACAAAAUAGCACUCCAACUCUCGAACUGGAACCUCCCAAAUAGCUGCUAGCAGACGAACAGGAAAAGCAGACAAUCAGCUUACACUCCUGGCAAUCAGUCUCUAACAGCAUACAGUGAAUCCCCCCAAGAACGAGACAAGGCUCCAUGUUGAGGGUCAAGCAGUGGUCUGAGGUGCUGGCACACCCAGCCUGGUUUUUAUUACAGUCUUGCAAAUACAGGACCGCCCACAGGGAGGUAUAAAAUAUCCAGUAACAUAUUAGUUACAACCCACAGAUUCCCUCCCCCUUUUUACCACAAUGCAUCCUGGCUUCCUCUCCUCUGCCCAGGAGAUAAUUGAGAAGUAAUUAAAUUAUCUCCCAGGACAGAGACAAGACUCCAUUAUGCACAUGGUGACACAAAACAAGCAUUACUGUUAAAAUACACCAGGUAAGACACAUUACAUUAAAACUAUACAUUUAACAUAUCCCCAGAUAGCUCAGGUCUGAGCGCACAUUAUUAAGUGAAUGGCGCUCAGACCACACGAAUACAGUUUAAUCGCCAUGGAGCCAAAGUCUUUACAGUCAGUUUCAUACGAAUGGGCUCCAUGGGAUUCCUAUCUGGGGUAUAACACAUUCAAACAAAUCUACCGAACCCCAGGCAGAAAAGCACGAAUUAAGCUUUUCUGCAGGUAAAAAAGAUGUCUUUUAACAGGGGGCCAUAGUCCAAAGGCAGCAGGCGAGCAACCAGGCUUCUCCAAUGCAAUGUGGCGAGAUUGGUCUCGUCACAAGUAUUAAUAUAGUUUAUGCUAUAUUAUCGGAAGUGAGUAUUCAUAUAUUCUAUGCUAUAAUAGGGAGUGAGUAUUAAUAUUGUUUAUGCUAUAAUGGGGAGUAUUAAUAUAUUCUAUGCUAUAAUCGGGAGUGAGUAUUAAUAUAGUUUAUGCUAUAGUCGGGAGUGAGUAUUAAUAUAAUUUAUGCUAUAAUGGGAGUGAGUAUUAAUAUAUUUUAUGCUAUAAUAGGGAGUGAGUAUUAAUAUUGUUUAUGCUAUAAUGGGGAGUAUUAAUAUAUUCUAAGCUAUAAUCGGGAGUGAGUAUUAAUAUAUUCUAUGCUAUAAUGGGGAGUGAAUAUUAAUACAGUUUAUGCUAUAGUUGGGAAUGAGUAUAAAUAUAUUCAAUGCUAUAACAGGGAGUGAGUAUUAAUAUAUUCUAUGCUAUAAUGGGGAGUGAGUAUUAAUAUAGUUUAUGCUAUAUUAUCGGAAGUGAGUAUUCAUAUAUUCUAUGCUAUAAUAGGGAGUGAGUAUUAAUAUUGUUUAUGCUAUAAUGGGGAGUAUUAAUAUAUUCAAUGCUGUUAUCGGGAGUGAGUAUUAAUAUAGUUUAUGCUAUAGUCGGGAGUGAGUAUUAAUAUAGUUUGUGCUAUAAUGGGAGUGAGUAUUAAUAUAUUUUAUGCUAUAAUAGGGAGUGAGUAUUAAUAUUGUUUAUGCUAUAAUGGGGAGUAUUAAUAUAUUCUAAGCUAUAAUCGGGAGUGAAUAUUAAUAUAUUCUAUGCCAUAAUGGGGAGUGAGUAUUAAUACAGUUUAUGCUAUAGUCGGGAAUGAGUAUAAAUAUAUUCAAUGCUAUAAUGGGGAGUGAGUAUUAAUAUAGUUUAUUCUAUAGUCGGGAGUGAGUAUUAAUAUAUUUUAUGCUAUAAUGGGGAUUGAGUAUUAGUAUAGUUUAUGCUAUAAUGGGGAGUGAGUAUUAAUAUAGUUUAAGCUAUAGUCGGGAGUGAGUAUUAAUAGCCUUGUGCAGUCGAUAUCAAACAAAUUGCGAUUCACUGUCUGAAUUCCACAUCUCUGAAACACUAUAUGGAUGAUUCGCAGAAGCAAGCCAAAUGGACAACGCACCAAAUGGUUUCAUCUGAUUGGUGAAUUAGUUUCAUCCAUGCCACCAAAAACAAAUAACUGAUGAUCGCUGGCUUGAGGACACAAUUAAUAUUGAUUUUAUUCAUAGAUCGAGUGAGAAGAGACCAGUAGAGGGGAUAUUCUAUUGUGUGAAAGACGAAUGAACAAAUAGAAAUUAAAACAAAUGAAAUGACUGAAUAGCUUGUCAGACGAAAUUUCAUCUUCCAAUUUGUUCUUUUAUUCAUUUGUUUUGUUUAUUACAAGGAGGGAGCUACCGGCUUGCGGCUUCCUCCUUGUAAUCUUUAAAUGUAGAGGCGGUGGGGAGCUAUGCUUCCCGCUGCUUCCUAUAUUCCCCAAUGCUCCCACCUCACCUGUGAGGAUAUUUAUGGGGUGAUUAAAUAUUAAAAUAAUUGUGACAAGACCAAUCUCGCCACAUUGCAUUGGAGAAGCCUGGUUGCUCGCCUGCUGCCUUUGGACUAUGAAGACAUCUUUUUCACUGCAGAAAAGACUUAUUCGUGCUUUUCUGCCCGGUGUUCGGUAGAUUCUCGGAUUUACUGAAUGAACUCAUAUAACCCAGAUAGGUAUGCCAUGGAGCCUAUUUAUGUAAUAAAAGACUUUGGCUCCAUGGCAAUUGAACUGUAUGUGUUUGUGGUCUGAGCGCCAUUCAGUAUUAAUGUGCGCUCAGACCUAAGCUAUCUGGGCAUAUGUUGCAUGUCUGUAUUUUAUGUCAUAAAUGUAACCUUGUGUAUUUUAUUGUAUUUUACUGUCUUUUUGCUGCUAUGUGUUCAAUGGAGUUUUGCCUCUGUCUUUGGAGAUAAUUGGAUUACUUCUAAUUAUCUCCAGGAUAGAAGACUCUGUGGAACUGGUUUUGGGCAGAAAAGCCAUGCUUCCUGUGGUCACAAAGGACUAUGAUCUAUCUUUUGAACCACUGGACCAAUUUGUAUGAUUUUGACGUAUGUUUGUAUUUGGAGUAUGCUGAUUCUGAAAAUGUAAUGCAUACUGUGAUGCAUACUUUUCAAGUUAUGAAUAAUGUGGAAAAAUUGUAUUUCUCUGCUUGUGCCAAAUUACAUUACCCAUUGUGUAAGGUAAUUGAAUCACAGGCAGAGAGGAGGAUUUUGUGUGGGAGUGUCUGAGUGUAUUGUAUGUGUUUAUUGGUUGUGUUCUGAAACCCUGUGGGUGGUACUAAUGUGUAAGAAUGUGUACAUAAGCACAAUAAACCCACAGCUCUGUCUGUUCACUACUUGACCCUCAACACAGAGCUUUGUCUCGUUCUUGGGGGGAUUUAUUGUAUGCUGUUCCAGUUUGACUGCUAGGAGUGUAAACCUAUUCGUAUGGUUUUUCCUGUUCGGCUGUUUACAGCAUUCGUAUGGUUUCCUGUUCGGCAGCUUGGUGUUCUGCAGUAGCUGUGCCUGCAUCUCUGGAAGGGGACGAUCGCCUAAACGGUUUUAACCCCUUGUGUUCUGAAACGGUCCGUUACCAUAAUAUUUUCAUAAACAUUAUCAAAAAUUUAUUCAAUAAUUUUAAUUAUAUCAAAAUUGAUAUAUUGGAAAAGUUCCCCUUGAUUGAUUUAAAUCUAAGAGUUACCCACUAUUUUAACUCUUAUAGACCCUGGAGUACAUUAGAGAAUUUGUAUUUUACACAUUAAUCACAACAAAUAUAAAAAUAUAAUUUAUUGUGAGAAAUAAUUUAUAAUAAUAUGUAACAUGCGUGACAAUAAUCUGUGAAUAUUUAUGUAUAACAUAAUUAUACAAUAUGGCAGCAGUUACAACACAAUUACAGAUAGCUCAAUAGCAACAUAGCCACACUGAUUUACUUCAGAAAACUUCAACUUGCAAAUGAGCUAGACAUUCCUUACACAGAACACAUGGCAUCAUCCCAGCAUCACACAGCAGCACAACUUACAGCCAUAACCUUUGCUGUGAGUUUGAAUCACACUGAGUUACCUCACUCACUGCUGGCUACAAUUCUCGCAGGAAAAACACCUUUAAUAUUGCAAUUAACAAUUGCAAUAGUUCUCACACCAGAUCAGUUUAACCAUUCCUUCUCAUCCAAUAAUCAAAGAAUAAUGCUAACAGAUUUUACAUUGCAGAUGAUUAACUUUCCUGAUUAACGGUUAACUAUCCUUAAAUUCAGAUAAGUCAAUAUCGCUGAAUAGUAGCUUGAUAUGCAAAUUACCAGUAAAUAUAUUGUUCAUCCAUAUUGAUAGAGCCCCUAUCCUAAACGAGUGUCCUGAAUACUUGCUAGCAUUCAAGCCGAGUCUUGUUAAUAACAAGGGUACAUAUACCAUAAACUUAGCAGUGGUGAGGAUAGCCCUGUAAAGUGACAGAAGAGGGAGUGAUGUGAGAUUAGGUACAGUGAGGAGGUAGGCAUCAAAAACCUUCACUGGGCACCAUGAGUUGUCUGUGGGAUAGUACGGAAUGUGAAUGGGUUGACCCAGUUGACUAGUUUUGGUCAUGGGUAGGCUUAGUAUGUAAUGGCCUUGCUGUUUGCUUAGGUAUGAGGUGCGAAGGCAACCUUGACCAUUGUGUUGGCCUCUAGUAGUGAAUUCUCGUGGCCUCAGAAAGCCGUAGAAGGCCAAGUAUAUGGCUGUUUUUAUGACAGAGUUAGUGCGGGGUUCGAAUGGCGCUGUGUCCAGUAAGUCCGACAUAUUUUUUAACAAUUGUUUGUUAAUUGGCAGUCUAUGCUGUGGGAUAGGACCGUUGGCCUUGGAAAUGCCCCUACGUAUAGUCUUGAUAAGGUAUGCUGUAAGAAAGUUUGAGUUGUUGGGAAAAGCGGAGAACAUGUGGUGUUGGAUUCCUGUCAGGUAUAAUUUUAUGUUGUUGUGUGAUAACUUUAACGUGAGGUGGCAAAAACCACCAGUGAUGUUAUGUCAAACAAUUUAACCAGGUGAUGUUCUGACAUAAACCUCUGAUAUAAGUAAAAUGCCCUGCCAUAUGUGCUAUGCGUGUUAGUGGAUAGGGCAAGUUUUGUCAGAACCUUACUAUGGCGCAGUAAUUCGUCUAAUCCAUUAUUAGAUCUUGGAGCAGGGGGGUGGUUGUGACCAGUCGUGAAGCAGUAGGUAGGGACCUUCUGAAAGCCUGAAACUGGAAACUGGAAACGAGACAACUGAUCAGCUGCAGUGUUCAAAAUGCCUGGGACAUGGUAGCAUACCAAGUAAAACUGAUGACAGGCUGCUAGCCACGUCAGUUACCUAAUAAACCUCAUUAUCAUUAAUGAAGAUGAGCGGUCUUUGUUAAUGAUGUGGCAGAUUGCCAAGUUAUCUGAGAAGCACUGAACUGGCUUCCCAGACAAUAAAUGGUCCCAAGUCACUGCUGCUGCUACAACUGGAUAUACCUCAAAAAGGGCUGAGUUCUUGUAAAACCCCUCUAUGUCCAGCAGUUCCUCUGGCCAACUACCCCAGAGCCAUUCAUUGCCAAAAUGGCAGAAAAAUUAGUGGAAGCUGCUGUAUCAGUCCAAAUGGUAGGGGAGUGUAUGUUUGUGAGAAACAUGUUCCACAUACAGAGGUCUGCCGUGGCUUGGUAAUUAAGGGAGAUACGACUGUCAUCAUCGGGGAAUGUGGGGAGGAGGCUCAGGAGUCUGGAAAUGAAUGCUCUACCUUGUGGGAUAAUUUGCAUAGCGAAAUUUAGCAAGCCAAGCAGUGAUUGCAAUUAUUUCCUAUUACAUGAGCCGGUCUGCAUGUAGUAGUCUAUGUCAUGCCGGAUGCUAGUAAUUUUUCCCUGAGUAAGGCUGGCUUCCAUGGCCACAGAGUCCAGCUGUAUCCCUAGAAAAUUGAUUAUAGUGUCUGGACCUUCUGUCUUUUGAGGUGACACUGAUACCCCUAAUGAGUGGAAUAGCUUUACCGCCUUGUCUAGGCUGCACAGGGGGGAUGCAUUAAUGGAUAACGUUAUGGCACAGGAAAAUAGUCCAGAUAAUGGAUAACAUUAUGGCACAGGAGAAGCCAACACAAGGUUUCCACAAAAAUGUCAAAAAGUUUUCGACUACUCUUUGAGCCGAAGGUGAGCCUCAUAAAAAAAUAGUAGUGAUCCCUCCAUUUUAUGUCAUGCAGGUGCCAUAAUGAUGGAUGUAUGGGCAGUAACUUAAACGCAUUUACAAUGUCCGUCUUGCUAAGCCAAGCCCCUAUGCCAGCUGAUAUGAUGGCUUCUGCUGCAUUGCCCAUCGUAGAGUACUGCAGAGAGAACUCUUCAGAGGGGAUCAGAGAGUUAAGGCUAGGGACUACAGAGGAAUGUGUUGCCGAGAGAUCUAUGACCAAUCUCUGCUUGGUCAUGUUUUUUCCCGUGACCAGGCCAAUAGGGUUAGUCCUCCUGCUAGAAAAAGGAGGCUCUUUGUAUGGCCCUAAUACAAACCCUUGCUCCCGUUCUAUUUGUAAAAACGCCUCUACUGACUCUGUUUCGGCCAUGGCUGAUUGCAGGUUGUUACAUUCCAAAGUCCCCGCUGGUAUGUAAAUAAGGCCCGUGUGGAAUCCCUGGGAAAAACCCGCUAUCAAAAAUUCAACAAGAUAUUUAGAAGGGUGAGUGGAUAGCAGAUUAGCUAGAACACCAAUAUUAACCAAUGUCAAAUAGGGUUUAAGGUGCAAUUUAUUUGGGCAGAUGGCUUUUGCGUGUGCCCUGAAACAAUGAGAGCAUAUGUGUAAAAGUCGACAGGCACUAUAAGCACAAGCACCUACAUCGAAGUUAUUACAUAUUUGUGACUUGCCUAAGUAUACUAUCGGAGGGCCCAAUUUAUCCUUGCCCUGCUUCUCUACCCUCGUAAUGUCAGGUGAAACUGGACAGAGAUUGUCGGAAUGUGUGGUUGCUGCACAUAUUGCACAAGCUGGGGUCCUUAGCCCAGCGAAGUGUCUAAAGGAACAACUCCGUCUCCAGUUGGCUCCAAUCCAUCUUGACAUUGUACUGGGCCAGAGCUGCCAAUGCCUUCUCUGCAAAUGGCCGGUGGUAGUCAUAAAUAGAUGUACCACCGUAUUUUUGGCCACGAUCCACCAGCUUGUGCAUAUAGAGGUCCAGCUCCUCCCCUCUAUGUGGGUCAACUGAACAUAACACAUCCCUGUAAAUCCCGAAAGAAAUAACAAAAUCUGUAAUUGACAGUUUCUUGCUGAGUUUCAGGUCUCUAGCUUUCAGUACCACCUACAGGUGAUACUCAAAAAAUUAGAAUAUCGCACAAAAGUUCAUUUAUUUCAGUAAUGCAACGUAAAAGGGGAAACUAAUAUAUGAGAUAGACGCAUUACAUGCAAAGCAAGAUAGUUCAAGUCGUGAUUUGUCAUAAGUGCGAUGAUUAUGGCUCACAGCUCAUGAAAACCCCAAAUCCACAAUCAAUAAAUGAACUUUUGCACGAUAUUCUAAUUUUUCGAGUAUCACCUGUAGAUAUCCCUGUAUGUGUAUGUGCGAUUCUCUAUGACAUCCUGGGAGGCAAUCAGAAGAGAGAAGAGAUUAACGUCUUUGCCUUCCAGGAUUUCCUUCUUAAGAUUCGCCGGUACCAUGUGGGCUGGGUUAAUUACCUGCGAUACCCAGCUGGUGGGCGUAGCAUUACCUGGUUGUAACUGAGGGGUGCCUGAAAGGUCGGCCAUGAGGGGCUCUGAUGUUGUGGCGGGAAGGCUACGAGCUUCCAAUCUCUCCAGCUUAUCAUUGAUUUUUCCCAUGGAGGAGACACUAGUGAAGCAAUCAUUGUGCGUAGGUUGACAUCGUUUGUGCCACUCGUGCACUCCCCUGCGUCUGCAUUUUCAGUGUUGGUCCGCAUAAGCAUGAACAGCUCCGCUGUCUUGGCAGCAGCUGGGUAAGGGAUGCUGCUCCUGCAUAGCUCAGCUGUGAUGCAGGGAAUAGUCCGUGAUCUUAUGGACGCUGGGCUUCAGUACAGUUUUGAAACUUGCAUAAUCUUAUGAUCACAAUAACUGAGGUUGCAGUAAUAUGCAUCCAAUAAGAAACGUGUAACUGUUACAUAUGGUCAAUGAAUCACGAAAAGCAGACCUAAGGAUCCAAUGACAAAUACUAAGUUAAUAGAAAGAUGACUGCAACGUUCCAGGGCUAAAAAUGAUAGCCAAUCAUACUGAAUGAAGCAACUAGGGUCCUUCAGGGAACACUUUAACAUACAGAAAGAUAUAUAACGUACAAAGGCACAAUAACUGCUAUCUGUCAAUAUAGUAACAAGGCCACCAGGUGGCGAUAUGUGGCUCAGUAACCUGAUGUACGAAAAAGUCUGAACCCGCCUAAAUGAGGGGAAUAGAACCUAAUGCCCAGGCUUGAAGCAGGCAAUGACUGGGUUAGCAAAAAUGUAUCAAUAUAGAAAGAUGGUAACUGCGCCCAUUAAACUGUAUGACGGCUGGUAACGUUUGGUUGGCGACAGCUGGACAUUUCACCUGUCUCAGGAUUUUAGUAUAAUGUCUCACCAUGCAUGACGUGGCCCAGUAAUGGCUGAGAGUGCUGAGAGUGGAUCCUCUCAUAUGAACAUUCUAUGACCCUCUGCCAGGCUGAAGGCAAGAGACAGGCAGAGAGUGUGUGAGACAGCUCUGUACAGAAAGAGGCAGGCAGAGAGUGCGCAAGACAGCUCUGUACAGAAAGAGGCAGGCAGAGAGUGUGCGAGACAGCUCUGUGCAGAAAGAGACAGGCAGAGAGUGUGCAAGACACCUCUGUACAGAAAGAGGCAGGCAGAGAGUGUGUGAGACAGCUCUGUACAGAAAGAGGCAGGCAGAGAGUGCGCGAGACAGCUCUGUACAGAAAGAGGCAGGCAGAGAGUGUGCGAGACAGCUCUGUGCAGAAAGAGACAGGCAGAGAGUGUGCAAGACACCUCUAUACAGAAAGAGGCAGGCAGAGAGUGCGCGAGACAGCUCUGUACAGAAAGAGGCAGGCAGAGAGUGUGCGAGACAGCUCUGUGCAGAAAGAGACAGGCAGAGAGUGUGCAAGACAGCUCUGUGCAGAAAGAAACAGGCAGAGAGUGUGCAAGACACCUCUGUACAGAAAGAGGCAGGCAGAGAGUGUGCGAGACAGCUCUGUGCAGAAAGAGACAGGCAGAGAAUGUGCAAGACACCUCUGUACAGAAAGAGGCAGGCAGAGAGUGUGCGAGACAGCUCUGUGCAGAAAGAGACAGGCAGAGAGUGUGCGAGACAGCUGUGCAGAAAGAGACAGGCAGAGAGUGUGCGAGACAGCUCUGUGCAGAAAGAGACAGGCAGAGAGUGUGCAAGACAGCUCUGUGCAGAAAGAAACAGGCAGAGAGUGUGCAAGACACCUCUGUACAGAAAGAGGCAGGCAGAGAGUGUGUGAGACAGCUCUGUGCAGAAAGAGACAGGCAGAGAGUGUGCAAGACACCUCUGUACAGAAAGAGGCAGGCAGAGAGUGUGCGAGACAGCUCUGUGCAGAAAGAGACAGGCAGAGAGUGUGCGAGACAGCUGUGCAGAAAGAGACAGGCAGAGAGUGUGCGAGACAGCUCUGUGCAGAAAGAGACAGGCAGAGAGUGUGCGAGACACCUCUGUACAGAAAGAGGCAGGCAGAGAGUGUGCGAGACACCUCUGUGCAGAAAGAGACAGGCAGAGAGUGUGCGAGACAGCUCUGUGCAGAAAGAGACAGGCAGAGAGUGUGCGAGACACCUCUGUACAGAAAGAGGCAGGCAGAGAGUGUGCGAGACAGCUCUGUGCAGAAAGAGACAGGCAGAGAGUGUGCGAGACACCUCUGUACAGAAAGAGGCAGGCAGAGAGUGUGCGAGACAGCUCUGUGCAGAAAGAGACAGGCAGAGAGUAUGCGAGACAGCUCUGUGCAGAAAGAGACAGGCAGAGAGUGUGCGAGACAGCUCUGUACCGAAAGAGGUAGGCAGAAGGUGUCUGAGGAAGGAACAUAAACCACAGUUUGCAAGAUGAUACCUCACAUUUAAUAAGAAGUGCCGAACGCGGCACGCAAAUAGGAAAUGCUGAGUGAAAGCCGGUAUCUGGCAAUUCCGUAAGGGGAUCCCACUACCCUCUGUGUACCCUGUGUGUCCGUGGUGCCUGGGACCCCUAGUUAGUUGGUGGGUUCCCUAGUUAUUGAUAGAGAGCGCAUACUGCUGUAUCCGUCUAUACACUCACUUUUUCCACGGGAAAACCGCCUCGUGGAGCAGCUCAGCGUCCGGCAGUGGCAGGACCUCUGUGCAGCUAUGGCUCUCACCCUGGUUACCCAGAAUGAUGACACGAACACGAACUGUGCAGCAAUACGUCUAGACCAAUCACGGUAUUGUAGGGAAAGGUCAGGGGGGAGUCCCUUUUAAAGGCCAAUAGCCCCUCCCACAACUUCAGGCCAAGCCUUCCAAUAAAUAUGUGUGUGUGUGUUCGGGUUGUUUCAAUCCCCCUUCAUUUCUGGCCAAUGUUUACGUUGGCUGCAUUCCUUUGCUCAGGGUUUGAAUGAAUAGAGUUACAAAGAAAUAAAGAUGUGUGUCUGUCUUUGCAUUUUUGUUACAAAAUGGAGUCACAAUUGCUAAAUGGUGACUUACAGUAUAAAUUUUUAAUUUAUAUAUUAACACAAAAUGUCUGCCAGUGAAGUAUACUGACAUAUCCUAUGAGGGUCGAUAUGACCCCAUAUUAGUAUAAGUGUGUUACAGUAUAACCCGGUGCAGUGAGGGUUAAUACCAAUUAAGGGAUUCACCUUUACAAGGGAACAGCAGCUCACGAACACUCGAACCCACCGAACGGGAAACAUACGAAAUCCUUCUCUCCUGGAACAGGCAAAAGAAUACUCCACAGUAGCAAUCCCCCAAUCACGAGACCAAGCUCCGUAUUGAGGGUAAAACAGGAUUCUGAUUUAUUGAGGGCUACCUGCCCAGUAUUUAUGCAGGUCUCCUACCUGGUGGACACUCCCCUAGGGGACCAGUUGGGAGACUGUGACAAGGAACAGACACGUAUCAAUGACAGACAUACAAGGGAUAAAACAUUCCCAGGAUACACUGUGUUCCCGCCUCUCUGUCCUGGGAAUAAUUGGGAAGUAAUUCAAUUAUCUCCCAGGACAGAGGCAAAUCACCAUUACCUACAAGGUGACAACAGGAGAGGGAAAUGCAAUAAAAUACACAAUGUCACGAAUGAUACAUAAAACAUAUACAUGUAACGCAUCCCCAGAUAGCUUAUGUCUGAGCGCACAUUAUUACUGAAUGGCGCUCAGACCACACACAUACAGUUUAAUUGCCAUGGAGCCAAAGUCUUUUAUUACACGAAUAGGCUCCAUGGCAUAGCUAUCUGGGUACAACAUUCACUAAAUACAAAAUCGGAAAUAUGACCGGAGCUAGAAGCAGGGAAGGCUGGCGGCUCAGUGGUGUUCGCGAGUAAAAGUGUCCGCUUUUAGUUCACUGAGGCUGGGCUGAACACCACUGUCUGUCCGGGAGCUGUAGGAUGCCGCCACCGUGCGGCCCCCAUGUGUAACCGCGACCACCCGGUAACAGUUAAUUAAGCUGCGGUUAACCGCAGCUACUGGGUGUUCAAUUGACAGCACACGCUAGCUACGGGGAGGUCAAUUGGCAGCACAUGCCAGCUUCCCGGUGGUCGCGCCUUCGUGCGUCUUUCGGGAAAUAACAAGGGAACACACGGGGACUGUACGGGCAAGGAAAUAACCUAACAAACAGACGGAUGGAGGGAGAAUAAACACAAUCAACAGACAGAGGGUUCUGUCACAAAUGGAGUUUAAAUCCACCUGUGACGAAGUGCCCUUCGCCACUUGGUCCUGGAGAGGCCUGCUUGCCAGCCUCCUCCCCUGUGACUAUGACUCUUUGAUGUAUUUGGCUUUAAAGCCCCUAGUCUACCUUCAGACAGACUAUUUAUGUAGGUUGCUUUAUUUCUCUUAUGUUUUAGUCACCCUGUACCCAUUAUAGGUGCAGGGUGUGUGUAAUGUAAUUGUUUAUAGUGUGUGUGUGUGCUGUGUAAUGUAUUGCCUGCUCUCCUGUACUGCUUAGGUUUGCUACAAACUAGGUGGGUUUGGCUAUGGAGCUUGUCUAGUGCCCUCUGUUGGUAGCAACAGCAAUAUGCACUACCUGAAUAGCAAGACUGGUUCAUUUGCAUAUUUGGGUAGAUUUGCAUAUUGCUAAUUCUGCAGGCACGUGAGAUAUUUUCUGUUAAAUAUUGUCUCCCCCACCCCUUUAAAAAUGUGCCAUUGUGUUGUGAUAAGUCACUGUGUGUUGCCUGCUAUGGUUUGACUGUUUGUGAUUUUAUUGAGUUUUCACAGCAAUGUUAAUGUUGUGACCCUAUAGGCUGGUCCCAAGAGAAAUAAAGGUUUAGACAGUUCUUCUUGAGCCCUCUAAACGUAGCCUUGUCUUGUUAUUGGAGGGAGCUGUUAUAAUCGCACUGGGGAUUGCUAUGCUCUGCAUGCUCCCCUGCGCUUGAAUCAUUUAGCUCUUUUAAGAGCUUGUUCCUGACACGGUCUCCUUGGAGGAGAGGUCUUCACCACACAGUCCUGGAUCCUGGAGGUUCAUACAGGGUGGAAGGAAGAGGUCUUUCCCACACGGUCCUGAAGGACAGAAGCUGAUCCAGGGUGGAAGGAAGACAGCAAAACUCCAGUCAAGCUACAGCGGUUGUGGAGUCUGCGGUGGUUGUGGUGUAUGCUCCAGUGCUUGGAGUCCUCGGGAAGCACUAGGAGCAACGUUCAACGGAGGUACCCAGUCGGGGUGCUAGGUGAUCCGUUACACCACCCUCCUGCCCAAAUCUCUCUACCGCGAGUAAGGCAUGUCUACUAAACAGCGAGCAGGCUUUGACUGAAAAGACUAUUGCUUCCCAGUCACUAACCCAAUAAAGGAGGUUUGCCAUGCUCCCAUGGUGGGGCACCUAUUUAAAUAAUUAACCUGGGAGGACAUAGUGCCCCCUUCCCCGAGAGUGUUAAACUAAACAGGGUGGACCUAGUGUCCCCCUCCUGCCCAUGGCCACUGGUGGGGCUAUUAAAAAUAAUAACAAGGGGGCACCAUGUCCAUCAAGUCCCCACCCAUCAGCCGUGGUUGGGGGCCCUAAAUAAUAAUGGGGGGUGUACUUAUUGUGCCCCCCCAGCCGUUGGCAGCUAUUGGGGGCUAAUAAUGCAAAUAACCCCCCAUUACCAAUGGGUCCCCAAGCCCAUAGUCACACCACCCCAGUGACUAGGGAUCCCCUAGUCGCAAGUCACCCCUUUCCAAAAAAAAACAAAAUGCCUACCAACCAUGCUCACCCUAAUAAUAGAGAGGGGCAAUAAACGAAACACCUGUGAAAAAAAUAGAUUAUUCACCAUUAGAUGUCUUCUUUUUCAGCCCCCAAAAAAGUCAAAGUCCAUAACUUUGUGUCGAAUUAUGAAAAUAGAAAAAGGACCUGAUAAAAAAUGUAAAAAAAUUAAACCUCCAAUAAAAUCCCAACAAACAUGUAAUGGGUCAUAGGCGUGCGCACGGGGUGUGCCUGGUGUGCCGGGUGUCCCUGCGGCACGCCUAUCUCAGGAUCCCCCGUGUCGGCUCAUGCAGAGCCCUGGGCAGGUAGGGUAUUUACCGCAUAGAUGUCCUUUUUCCCGAUCUGGAAGAGUGUUGUGAAGUCCCAAGUGAUUACAGCAGCUAAAGCAUUUCCCUACAACACAAGACAAGGCUGCGAGUUGAGGGUAAGAAGAUCUGACAGUUUAAUGGUACAGGUUGUAUUUUUCAGGCCAGUGGCACACACACUGGACCUGAUGGGGAACUGGGACACAAGUGACAUAAACCAAUGAAAACAGUAAUUAACAGUACAACACUCCCACAUACAGUAAACAAUCCCUCCCCUCUGCCUGUGAUAUAAUUAAGGUAGUUAAUUAACUUAAUUAUCCACAGGUAGAAAAAAACACAUAUUUUACACAAAGUACAGAAAACACCCCAAAACAUUGUUAUCCCCACAAAUGUUACAUCCCCUGAUAGCCCUGAUCUGGGUGACCAACAUAUCCACAUGGCACACAAUUCCUCCCCUCUUCCUGGGAGAUAAUUAAGUCAGAUACUGUAUUAACCCAAUUAUCUCCAGGCAGAAAAAAACACAUAUUUUACAAAACCCCAAAAGUACCCCAAAAACACAUAAAAUCCCCACAAUUAUUACAUCCCCUGAUAGCCCUGAUCUGGGUGACUAAUAUAUCCAAAAAUAAGAAAAAUAAAAAUAGAAAAAAGCAGGGCACCACUGUGCUGCUAUGGCUAACGUCAAGUGCCCAGUUGUGAUCAGCUGUCUCACGUACCAAGUAGAGACUCCAGGGGUCUCUAGGGGGUUAACCCCAAAGUAACUAGAAAGGAAGACACAACAAACGAACGAUGCAGGUGGUCACAACCAUAAGCGUGUAUGUGACCCUCUGCAUCACCUGGAAAAUAAAGUAGCCUAAUGGGUAUUUAAUAUACAAAAUAUACAAAAAAUACCUAGUUGCAGAUGGGUGAGAUAUCGAUACCAAAUCCUCCUCUAUCGAACUAUGAUAGAGGCAGAAUAGUAGUCUGAGUGAAAGUGAUAAAUCAAAAUUAAAUAUAAUAAAUAAUAAAUAAAGUAGGCUCCUAUAUACAAAAAAGUAUAUAACUAACCAGAUCCAAUUAUGUAUAGGUACUGUGGCUGAUAUCUUUAAACGAGCUUUAUUCAGUCUGGCUCUAUGUAUAUCAAGACACUCCCUAGUAUUAUUAUUACAACUACUGUUAUAUACUCAAAAAAUAAUAAUACUGAGAUUACCCUGAGGAUAUUCGGUCCUGUAUACGAUACUGAUAUAUCAGCAAAGUUAUACUGUCUCUUGAAUACUCUGUUUACACUAGAAUUAUAUUUCAGCAGACUAAAGGUACUUGAAAAAAAAAAAAUGAUAACUAUAUGUACACGAAAUUCAAUUUACUGUUUACAUUUCUGAUACUUGGCUUCCUGUUACCCCCAGAUAGCAUCACAAGCUGUCUGUGGGAAUAUUUGUACAUAUACCUAUCCUGAUAUAUCCGUUCCCUGGAUGAUUGUUUUUACCUCUGUCUAGUCACUUCUCUAGUGAGCCUACGGGUAGUUCCUCUAGCAAGGUAUACAAAUAAUACGGACUUUCUACCCGAGGAUUUCGAAUUUUCUGACAGCCUACAUCCUAGGACACUCUGCUAACUAAGAUCUUGAGUAGCAUUUACAGUCCUCUAAGUCUCUCUAUAUAGGGACAUUUUCCUGAUAUAUCAGUAUCGUAUACAGGACCGAAUAUUAUUUUUUGAGUAUAUAACAGUAGUUGUAAUAAUAAUACUAGGGAGUGUCUUGAUAUACAUAGAGCCAGACUGAAUAAAGCUCGUUUAAAGAUAUCAGCCACAGUACCUAUACAUAAUUGGAUCUGGUUAGUUAUAUACUUUUUUGUAUAUAGGAGCCUACUUUAUUUAUUAUUUAUUAUAUUUAAUUUUGAUUUAUCACUUUCACUCAGACUACUAUUCUGCCUCUAUCAUAGUUCGAUAGAGGAGGAUUUGGUAUCGAUAUCUCACCCAUCUGCAACUAGGUAUUUUUUGUAUAUUUUGUAUAUUAAAUACCCAUUAGGCUACUUUAUUUUCCAGGUGAUGCAGAGGGUCACAUACACGCUUAUGGUUGUGACCACCUACAUCAUUCGUUUGUUAUAUCCAAAAAUCAACCAGGAUGGUGUACGCCCACAUGGACCUUGUUGGAGACAGGGACACAAACUUACAAACCAAUAAUAACACAUUUACAAUGUAAGUCACUCCCACCCAUGGCAUACAAUCCCUCCCCCUCUGCCUGGGAGAUAAUGGAGUCAGAUACUGUAUUAACCCAAUUAUCUCCAGGCAGAAAACAUAUUUUACAAGACCCCAAAAGUACAUCAAAAACACAUAAAAUCCCCACAAUUAUUACAUCACCUGAUAGCCCUGAUCUGGGUAACCAACAAAUCCAAAAAUCACCCAGAUCAGUUCAGGGGUUCAGGAAUUCUAUGUAAGUCACAUAUAUGACCGACCGCAGGCAUGGUUCCAUGCCCAAAACAGUUCCAGAGAAUCAGGGCUUGCAGACGGUCUAUUUCAAGGAUUCAAAAUAACGCUCAAAAUAACAAACGUAGCCGUUUGUGGAUAAAGUCCGUGUAUGUCUCUUGGUCGGGAGUUUCUUCUAACCAAACGCCGUUUGAAUAGCCGAACAUCCAUGGAAGGUAAAAGUUUAGCGGUGUUCGCGCCGUCGAGUGCCUGAUUUGAGUUCCAUGCACUCGACGACCAAACAUCGCUGGAUGCGUUUGACUAAACAUGAUGGCCACCACCACGUGUUCAAAUGCCACUUCAAAUGGCUUUGGGAGUUGGGGAGUUCGAAGUGCCGCUUCAAAAGUUCGAAUGGUUCCUGUUAGAAGUCCCAGAGGCACAAACAGUGUUUUUAAACAAAGUCUACUACAGGCCCAUAGUCACAGGGCAGGAGGCUGGCAAACAGGCCCCUCCAAAAGCCAGUAGUGAAGUUACUUUCGUCACACAAAAGCAUUCCAGUCAUCGCACUUUAAAGGUUAAUAGGCAAUAUAUCAUUGCUCUCAGCAUUUUGCAGUAAUGUUCGUUACAUUGAUCUCAGAAUCCAAAAUUUAAUUAUGUUGCAGCCAAAAUAUUAUUUAAAAUCACUUGAUUAUUCUCUGGCUUGAUUAUAAUUUUCAUAGUAACGCCUGCAAACAACAGUUGUCAAAAGGAUACGUAGAAAAUAAAAUCUUACCAGCUCCAGAAUCUCUCAUAAAAUCAUUCCCAUGGAUAGUGUGCAUUCUGUGACAAACCCCAUAGAGAAAGCUUGUCGUCAGGGGGUUUAAACGGAUAUUUAUUGCUGCCCUGUAGUUAGAUUAGGGAUUGUAUUUACUGGUUAUUACUGGUUUAGCAGAUUGGAGGUGAAAUUACACAUCCGACAGCACUGAAACUUUGCACAUACUGAAGUGGUGAUGGUGUCUGUCGUUCCCUUAUAAAUGAUUGCAUGGUUUUGUAGAGAGGGCAUGUUAUCAUUUCCCUAAAGCCAGCCCCAGUAUAAUAUAUAUUGUCUUUUCUAGGGUUUGGUAUUGGAGAACUCUACUGGAUUCUAAUAGCUGCUGCUGUGGGAUUCCUCUUUGUUCUGUCACUCAUUCUUUGCAUCACCAGCUACUGUCUCUGGAGAGCGAAAAGGAGUGGAAACCACACAGGUAAAAAGGAAACAGCGUCCGAGUGGUUGUGAUGGGCAGUAGGGAAACAGAUUAAAUAUAUGGGGGUACAAGAUAGAUAGAAUAAGGGGACACUCAGGAAUAAGUGAGACACAGAGAGCUGAGAAUGAGGACACAGGUAACAGAGAAUGAGGACACAGGAAGCAGAGAAUGAGGACACAGGGAGCGGAGAAUGAGGUCACAGGUAACAGAGAAUGAGGACACAGGUAAUAGAGAAUAAAGCCACAGGGAGCAGAGAAUGAGGACACAGGUAACAGAGAAAGAGGACACGGGGAGCAGAGAAAGAGGACACGGGGAGCAGAGAAAGAGGACACGGGGAGCAGAGAAUGAGGACACGGGGAGCAGAGAAUGAGGUCACAGGUAACAGAGAAUGAGGACACAGGUAACAGAGAAUGAGGACACAGGUAACAGAGAAUAAAGCCACAGGGAGCAGAGAAUGAGGACACAGGUAACAGAGAAUGAGGACACGGGGAGCAGAGAAAGAGGACACAGAGCAGAGAAAGAGGACACAGGUAACAGAGAAUGAGGACACAGGUAACAGAGAAUGAGGACACAGGUAACAGAGAAUGAGGACACAGGUACACACAGGUAACAGAGAAAGAGGACACAGGUAACAGAGAAAGAGGACACAGGGUAACAGAGAAAGAGGACACGGGAGAGCAGAGAAAGAGGACACGGGGAGCAGAGAAUGAGGACACUGGGAGCAGUGAAUGUAACAGACAGGUAAUAGGCAGAGAAAGACAACAAAGCAUGGGAAACACAGACACAUCCAGCCACAUUUAACAGAAUGGGAAGCACACAGGCAACAAUCAGACAGAGGUAGCAGAGAAUGGGAGGUGCACAGGUAACAGACACAGGUGAGAGAAGAUGAGAAGCACGCAGAUACUAGUACGAGAAUGACCCACCUAAUGGAAAAUUAAACUGUUUUUGAUCAGUGCAAUAGGGUGUCACAGUAUUGUAGCAAUCUGGAUAAUACAUGAUCCGAGUCAUAAUAUGUUUUCUUAUAUUUUUAGUUCAGGAACAGAGAGAACUUGUUACUUUUCCCCCUGAAGACAGUCCUGGUUCUUGUGAAAACCCUACAAAUCAUGCGGAACCCAAAGAUUUUCCUCCGCCAACCGGAAUUGAAGCAUUGGGUGGGUUUUCUAUCUCCAUUAAUCCUCCCCUUAAUCUAGCCGCUGCUUUGUAACUCCCUCCCCCAUCCCCAACAAACUGGCAACUGGAGAAGUUUAAAGAUGGUCGUAUCCUGCCUCCUCUGACUUGGUGGGCUCUGUCUACUUAACAUCAUGUACUUAACUCCCGACCCAAUGAGACACCAUGUACUGUAAAAAAAUAAAUCUAUAGAAACACGUAUGUGGAAAACAACAUGGACUUCGAAGAAGUCCAGCUCCACGUACUGAUGCUAUUACCCAAUGGGAGUCCUAGAAGGCAGGACAACACGCAGACCUGUAAUCCAAGAAUAGCUCAGGAACAAGUAGUCAACACCAAGAGCACAGCAUAAGCAUCAAAUAAAACAAUCCAAUAAUAUCCCAUCACCUUUCCCAAUAACUGGACGACACACAGUAUCAGGAGCAGAACUGAUGUUUAAUCCCACAUACCCUGCUUUUAUGCAUCUCUCCCAUGCAAGGGAGACACCCACAGACAAAUGUACAUCAACCAAUCACACAUAGGUUUCAACCCACACAUCUCCUCCCCUCAGCCUACAAGAAAAUAUAAUUAACAGAACAGUUUUUACACAUAGUUUUCCCUGAUUUCUGGAUGUACCCCAAAUACCUGACAUACACCCCUAAAUGACACAUUCACUGAUAGCCCUGAUCUGCAUGAGCAACAUACUCAAAAAUCACCCAGAUCGGAUCAGGAGUUCAGGAAUUUCAUGGAGGUGUUCGUUUGACCGCCCGUCCACGAGGCAAUAGCCGAAAUCAGUUCCAUGUAUUCUGGCCUUGCGGUCGGUCUCUGUUCACGGGGUAAAAAGCAUGAAAAUACUGGGCAGAAUAGUCUUUGCCUAGAUUCGUAUGAAUCCCCUGGUUCGUGAGUAUCUUCCUACCGAACGCAGGGCCGUUCAUGUGUUUCCUCACGAACGGGUGGAAGUCUGGAGGUCUUUGCGGUUUUCGCGUAGUUGAGUGUCCGAUUUGGGUUCCAGACACUUGAUGACAAUACCGCUGAGCGUUCGUAUGGCAAGAUGGCCGCCGCCACGUGUUCGCAUGUCGAAAGGCGCCCAUUCAGGGAAUACACAGUACAUUCAUAUAAUUGGCAAUUAGGCUGGUGUUAAUACCGAUGAGGGAGGUAAAUUAGAGCCACACUUCUCUCCGGGGUGGUCUGGUUGUUCGGUAGUUUGUUCGUAUGUCGAACGGAGAUAUUCAGCUGGGUAUCCAUUGCGUUUCUACCGAACAACCAGACGAAUGCUUCAUACAAUACAUUGUAUACCAGUGCCAAAAACGAUAGGGAAAUAACGUUGCAGUAAGAAUAGUUAUAGACAGCCAAACGUAAUCCGCUACAACAUAUAUAAAAUAAAUGAAGAUCAAGGUGAUUGCUCACAAAUUGGUUAAACAGACCUCACGACUGAUAAUAUUAGAUAAAACCGGUAUAAGAGAAUGAAAACACAUCAUAGUGUAAUAUGUCAACAUAAAUUGUAAUAAAAGAGUAACUCUGAACACUCACAAAUUUCAGAGCCACUUAAAGUAGGCUCUCACCUUGUAGGCAUUUCAUCAAUCAACAGUUAAUGUGGAAUGGAUGCAGAAUAGGAAACUUCCAAUGCUGGGUCCCACCAAGAUCAGAAUACCUUCAGAUAGUAAGAAACCAAGUAAAGUUUAAAAUAAAUCUUUAUUAUACAUAAGAUAAAGAGUACAACGCGUCUCGACCUCAAACAAGGUGAAUGUGUGUGAACAGUGUCCAUGUAUCCCUGUAUAUAGCACCAGAAUUACAUAUUUGGUCCAACUGCGUUAGUUACUACAAACUAACACCCAUUGCCAAAUAUGGUCCGAUUUCACCCCAUCCAAUGUGGCGAUUCUUCUAAUGUAGGCACUUCCGACCUUCCCACAUAGGUCAUAUGUCCGCCUAUUAAAACAUAUGCAAUAUAUAUAAUUUUACAAUUAUAUACUAUUUUUAAUUGUAUAAUUAUAUAUAUUGCAUAUGAUUUCAUUUCCACCUUUGCUCACUAUAUUUGCCCUUACACAGUCAAUAUUUAAAUUGACAUACCCACAUUCUUACCAACACACAGACAUACCCACAAUUUUACACACAAACACUGACAUACCUACACACAUACAGACACACAUACACUGACAUACCUACACACUUACACACACACAUACACUGGCAUACCUACACACAUACAGACACACAUACACUGACAUACCUACACACUUACACACACACAUACACUGGCAUACCUACACACUUACAGACACACAUACACUGGCAUAACUACACACUUACAGACAAACAUACACUGGCAUACCUACACACUUACAGACACACAUACACUGGCAUAACUACACACUUACAGACACACAUACACUGGCAUACCUACACACUUACAGACACACAUACACUGACAUACCUACACACUUACAGACACACAUACACUGACAUACCUACACACUUACAGACACACAUACACUGGCAUACCUACACACUUACAGAUACCCAUACACUGGCAUACCCACACUCAUUCAUACAUAUCUCUUUAUAUCCUGUGUCUGCUCUUACUGAAUUUACUUUAUGCUAUAACUGUUCCCUCUUUCUGCAGAUAUAGAAAAUGCUGGAUCUCAAUCUCAGGAUGUACCCAGUGAGUCAAUGCCAUGUCUGAACCAAGUCCAAGAAAGUACCAUGUGACCUUCGAAGGUCAAACUCUGGAGGAACCACUUGACAUCUCAUGGUGUCUUACCUGAAGGAUUGCCCCAGCAGUUACCAUACUGAGCUCAGAUCCAUCUCAUUCUCUACAGAAAAUGUUUUACCCAGUGAGCAGGAGAUGAGGAUUAGAAAAAUGUGUUUAGUUUUGAAGCUUUCGCUUUGUGUUACUUUCCAACUUUCACCUAAAUACAGGUUUUUUUUGUUUUUGUUUUUUUUUUUACAAAAAAUUUAUAUUCGUCAUAAAAGGAGGUAACUUUGUUAUAGAUUAGUGGCAAGGUUUGUGGAUAAUUGCUUUUUACUUAUUUAAUCUACAUGAUGUAAAAUGCAUGAACUGAGAGGUGAGAACAUGGAAAGACACCAUUUUACAGACGCAAAUCUCUAAUAUUACAUUCCGUACAGUGAAUAUACUACAUGUCAAUCACCUCCCUGGCUGUUCCUCACUUGUGAAUUUUACACAGCGAUUGACAAUCCACACAUUGCCUCUUGGUUUGCACUGUCUGGUGUGGAGCAAUGUACUAAUUCACUAAAUAGAUAUAUUGUAAGCAGAGAACACCAACAAGUGGAACAUUGUCACCCCCAGUCCCAGAUCCCCCACAAAAUAUCCCCUCCAGCCACAUCUCCUCCAGGUUCAUCUCUCGCAUUCUCUCCAGAACAUCAUCUCAAUACAUCUCCCUCCAGCGUUACCCUUCUGGUUCAUGUUCUCACAUCAUCUACUCUAGAACAUCUGCCUAAUAGACCCUCACCUAGCCCGAUCGCCCCAAUUCUUCAGCCACUGAGUUCAACUGCCCGCAUACAAUAGUAUAUGUUCCCCACCACUCUCCUACACGAGAUAUACCCACCCCAACCCUACUGGAUUCUGAAUGGGGACUGCCUGGCAGUUCUGUGCUUAUUCCCCAGAAACUGUGACAGAACGCUGUCCCCUCCAAGUGUUGCUUAGGCCAAUGGACCCACCCAGCCCCGGUACUGGCCAUAGGCCUUGCAGACUGUGCUCAGACAUGGCUAUAUGGGAGCGAAACUCCUCUACCCAGUAAUAUUAAUAAUUAAACUAAAAAUACUUCCCACUGGGGGCAAACACAACAUACAUAUAAUAUGCAUUGCAUUACUGUGACGGGGGCCUUACCAAAACAACAACUUUAAUGCCCGUCAUUAAAACAUUAUCACUUCAGAUUAAGGUUACUUUAAAACUAAGGGAACGUUUUAUGAGAGUUUGAAUAAUAUAAACACUGGAAAUAGUUUCACAGGAUUAUUGUCUAAAGUGAGAAUUCGCAUUUCAAACAUAAGAUAAAACCAGCCGAACUGGAUAAAUUCUCUAAAUCAGCUCUGCUAUCAGUUCGACUACUCUGGCCUUAAAUACUAAAUUCACCCUGAAUUCUCAUUCUAUUGUAAUAACCGUCCAGGCUGCAUUCUGAUUGUCUGAAAGUUAACACUUAUUAAACAAUCAGUUUGUUAUUUUCUCCCCUCUCUCACUCCAUCCAUUCAUUUCUGGUUUCAGCUAAUUACCGUCUCAGCUAAGGAUUAUCUCCUGACUGUCGGCUCAGGCUGUAUCUCGUAUUGGAAGUGAUAUUGAGACGGUCUGUAUCCUGUAUGUGGCUCCACAGAUAGCGGCGCAGUAUACGUAAUGGUUUGUAAGACGCCAGGAGCUCUUUGUUUGUGGUGAAGUUAUCUAGAAUAAUUACGGAUGAUAAAAUUAUACAUUUAAUGCAACGUUAAUAUAAAUUAUACGUUUUACUUUCAUUUUCCCAGGCAGGAAAAAGAGCUACAACCCAGUUAAUUAAUAAGGAAGAGUUAAUGUAGAGAUUUGUGGACCUAUCCCACUGUCCACUGGGGAGGACGCCGACAGAUAAACUUUAUUCCUCUCAGCACAUUGGCUGGGAUUUACUAGACUGUCAGACUUAGUGCUGGCCUGUAUAUCUGGAUCUUGUCUGUGUUAUUACAUACUGUCUAUUAUACACUUUCACCUACAGUCUGUUUUUACCUUACUUUCUCAGAUAUCCGGGCCCCCAUUAUCCAGUCCUCGGUAUCCGGCCCCCAUUAUCCAGUCCUCAGUAUCCGGCCCCCAUUAUCCAGUCCUCAGUAUCCGGCCCCCAUUAUCCAGUCCUCAGUAUCUGGCCCCCAUUAUCCAGUCCUCUGUAUCCGGCCCCCAUUAUCCAGUCCUCAGUAUCCGGCCCCCAUUAUCCAGUCCUUAGUAUCCGGCCUCCAUUAUCCAGUCCUUAGUAUCCGGCCUCCAUUAUCCAGUCCUUAGUAUCCGGCCCCCAUUAUCCAGUCCUUAGUAUUCGGCCCCCCAUUAUCCAGUCCUUAGUAUUCGGCCCCCCAUUAUCCAGUCCUUAGUAUCCGGCCCCCAUUAUCCAGUCCUUAGUAUCCAGUACCCACUGUCGAGUCCCCAAUAUCCAGCUGUUAGCUAAGUUCAAGGAAUGAACUGGGUUUAUUAGUAAAAUCAAUAAAGCCAUAAGCUAUUUUGGGCUUUCUUUUGACUGUCUGGUACACGGGGGCCGAUAAGCACUUAGCCCUACAGCAAUUUAAAACAUAAUACCGCAGUGUGUGUAAAAAGCUGCUAAAGCCAAACUGUGCGAAGUGGUGAAGGCAUUUUUCAUUUAUUUUGCUUUUAAAUAAAAGGAUUGAAGGAUCAUAAA